CCUAGUGUUUUGUAGUAAAAACGUGUAAUAUGUCUCCAGCAGCUCCUGGUCGUCUUUGUUAGAUUGUUCUUCGGACAAACCGAGCCGUCGGUCUCAUCUCUUCACCCAACCGGGUGCUGUGUAGCGCACUCGCACCGUGGAGCGGUCACAGCCGCACCGGCACGGCGGCGACAACUCCCCGCUUGGCAGUUUCCGGUGUUCGUCCGUCAGCGGGAGGAUGGCGUCUGGCUUCUACCGCAUCCCUUCUACCGCCGGUCCUCCGACCCCCACUUACCGCGAAUGUCGUCGGCGCCAGUCCGAAGACUGAAAAGAAAAACACCUAUAAGCGAACCCGGUCUCAUGGUUAUCUUCAAGGACGUGUACAUCCCGCAUUUAAGACUCCAAAUCAGUCUGCUGUGUGUGGCACUAUAAACCUCAUCAUCCGAAAUUCUGAAUCCUUGCAUGGAAAGUGGAAUGAUGACAGAGGCGUGGCAGCAGCAGCAGCAGCAGCAGCAGCAUGUGGUGGCGCCACCUUCUGUAGUUCACACGCUUCCUCAGACGACGGACACCACUCUGGCCUGCACUGUGUAUGGAGUUGUCCUUCAACCAGACUCCUCUCUGCAGCAGCAGCAGCUGGGCCAGCAGCAUGUAGUACAAUCGCAACAGCCCUCCAUGCAGAUAGCGGAUGAAAGACACAAGUGUGGAGCCUGCGGCCAUGACAUCUCUCACCUGGCCAAUCCGCAUGAACACCAGUGCAUGGUGACCCAAGACCGGUCCUUCCAAUGCACGCAGUGCAUGAAGAUCUUCAGCCAGGCCACGGACCUCCUAGAGCAUCAGUGUGUCCAGGUGGAACAGAAACCUUUUGUCUGUGGAGUGUGUAAGAUGGGAUUCUCCUUGCUCACUUCUUUGGCCCAGCAUCACAACUCCCACGGCAAUGGCAACAACCCAAUGAAGUGCUCCAUUUGUGAAAAAACUUACCGUCCCGGCUCUGGAAAUGUCACUCCCACCUCGUCUGCAGCCAAUCCUCAGCAGCCGUCCACUGGGGAGACAUCUGGUGGCGGUGCAGCAAUCAGUGCCUCAUCCCCGCCUGCUUUUGAGGCCUCCGCACCAGAUAGGCCAUACAAGUGCUCAGUGUGCCAUAAAUCGUUCCGGCAUUUGUCAGAGCUGACCCGCCACGAAAGGGUACACACAGGUGAGAAGCCGUACAAAUGUGACACAUGUGAUAAAAGCUUCAGCCAGUCCUCACAUCUGGCGCAUCAUCAACGCACACACAGCUCAGAGCGGCCAUAUAAGUGUGCUGUGUGUGAGAAGAGCUUUAAGCACCGUUCUCACCUUGUGCGCCACAUGUACGCCCAUUCGGGCGAGCACCUGUUCAAGUGCAAUUUGUGCGAAAUGCACUUUAAGGAGUCGUCCGAGCUCCUGCACCAUCAAUGCCAGCCCGAAGGAGAGAGGCCCUUUCGCUGUGGGUCGUGCGGGAAGAGCUUCAAGCGGCCGUCGGACCUGCGGCAGCACGAACGCACUCACUCUGAAGAGCGACCAUUCCAGUGCGAGGAGUGCCAGAUGAGCUUCAAGCAGCAGUAUGCUCUUGUACGCCACCGGCGCACUCAUAAAAAUCCUGCUGACCGCCCUUUCAAGUGUAAUCUCUGCGAUAAAGGCUUUCUUCAGCCCUCCCACCUGCUUUACCAUCAACAGGUGCACGGUAUGGAAAGUUUAUUUAAGUGUGCAUCUUGCCAGAAGUCUUUUAGCCAAUCCGGAGAACUGCUGAGGCACAAAUGUGGCGGCGAAGUAGAGAAGCCCUAUAAGUGCGACGUGUGCGGCAAAGGUUACAAAAAGAACUCGACGCUGCAACGCCACCAAAACACUCACUGCACAGAGAAGCCGCUGAAAUGCUCUCUGUGUGACAAGCGCUUUGUGUCAUCCUCAGAGUUUGUCCAGCACCGCUGCGACCCGACCCGCGAGAAACCGCUGAAAUGUCCCGACUGUGAGAAACGCUUCAGGUACUCGUCCGAGCUGCAACGCCACCGCCGCGUCCACACCGGAGAGAAACCGUUCAAGUGCGCGAGCUGCGACAAGAGCUUCAAGCAACGCGAGCACCUGGCCAAGCAUCAAAGCGUGCACUCGCGGGAGACGCAGUUUAAGUGCGUGUGGUGCGGCGAGCGGUUUGUGGACCUCGCCGCGCUGCAGGAACACACGGUGCAGCACACGGCCGAAGGUGAGAGUUUCCCGGAAGCGCCAUGUAUCCCGUGAACGGUGAGGUUCUGCAGGCUUGGACAUCAAACUUGUGUGCCAGCCUCAGCGCUCACCUUUUUAUAGGAUAUAACACGCCUGUGAAACAUGUCUAAUGAUUUGUAGUAGCCAAUAUGUUAACCUCCUUUGAGUAAAAAGCAAAACCUCAGGAUCAGGAAUCCUUUAGUUAGUUUAUAUUUGAGGUAAAGACUUAAAGAGCAAAAAAGGCGUGUGAUGUAAAUGUGGGUCUAUAUUGACUAAGAACAGUACUGUGUGGGACAUUUUUUCUGUGGUUGCAUGUGAAAGUCAGUUUUUUUUUAAUUGUUUACGCUUGUGGAUGGCAAGACAGCUGUUAUAUAUGUGUGCUCAUGUGUAUUGCCCCUGACAUCCAUGUGCCUUUUUUUUUCUUUUAAACAGAUCUAUGUUUUAAUAAUUUCAUGUCCGGUAUAGCAGUCCUUCCCAUCAGCGCAUAGCGACGGCCCUGUGCAGCAGUAUCUUUUCACAUACUUAGGUAGUGUCAUCUGUUUGUGCAUGACUAUUUAUCACACUUAGUAUCACUGUUGUAUUAUAAGUUUGUUUAUUUAGGAAAACACCAUAAGAAGAUGAGAAAAAAAACAAGUGGAUUUGUGGAAACUGUAUAGCCUGUGUCCUAAAAUGUGUUAUUGCAUCUUUGUAUUAAACGACUAGGUAGCACAUACCUAUCAUGUCAUAUGAACACUUGACAUGUGCAAUAGAACAUGCACAAUGUAAUAUUUAUGACUACUGAUUCAUUGCAUAGUCUACCCUGUUAAUAUAGAUUGUGUGUGUGUAUGCGCUCAUGUAAACUGAAAAUGUGUAGUGCUUCUGUUACUUUUUUGUUUUUUUGACUUUUAAUAAGCUUGCUGAUAUUUUGCAAGGACUUAAGUUUCAGUUUGAAAUAUCACAUUUAAUCUGACCAUUUUUCAAAUGCUAUAUAUGGGUAAAUUAUAAGAAAGUAGCAAAUUACCAUGUGGUAAAUCCAAAUUGAGUAAUGGGACUUAUUCCCUGUCCAACCUGAGCACAUAACUCCUAGCAACCUCAAAGUUGUUCAACGUAUGCGUCUCUUAGCACUGAGGAUGAAGUGAAAUAUAUACAAAGGGAAGUUUCUAUAUUCCCUACAACUUUUUUUGCAGUAUAUUUAAAGAAAGCUUUCGGGGGGACAGAAGGUAACCACUGGAGUGGGACUGUAGUUGUAUCACACUUUAAUUUGGCUUCAAACUGCAAAAGGGUAACAAUGAGCUGAUGGAAUGCUGGAGUUACACAAAUGGGUAUCAUAUAGACUCCUGUUCAUACUGUACACAUACAUGUAAAAUAAACCAUUUUUAAACCAUGA